UUGAAGGAGGAUCGUGGAUGCCAAAUCGAGCAUUGCCAUUAAGAAAAUGGUUGAUUCGGGUUAAAUGGGAAAGGCUGCUCGUGCUUGCAAGCUUACCGACAGGCUCACGCACUCACACGAGCAUCGACCGAGUUUAAUAUAGACGCGCGUUCGUGCCGCGUUCUCUUCUUGCAUACCGAAAGUGGACCUCGACGACGAAACCAUCACGACUGUUGCUCAGUUCGCUACGGUGAAUGCGUUUAUUUUUCUCUUCGAUUCCGUCAAGCCAGACGGUACGUCGGCAUGGGAUUAAAACGGUGGUGGAUAGCUCGGUUCUAGCGAUCAAAAUUCAACGACGAAAGAAAAAUUCUUUUGUCGAUUCGUGUCUUAUACGCGAUUCGUAUAACUGCGUUUAUAGAGAAUUAUCUAUGCAAACAAUUUUGGAAGGAAGGAAGAUUCUUAAUAUACUUCGGUAUAUCAAGAGUCGCAUAUGCUUCAGAAGAUGGAUGUUAAUUUGGGAAGACUUUGGUAUCUUGUUAUCUCUAAUGAUGGAAUAUCCCAUUCCUAAAUUGGAUUUCCAAUCAAUGAAAGAAAAAUCAAGAAUAACGAGUUAAAAAAAAAAUUUAUAAGUACAAACUGAUAUUCGAUAAUA